CCUCUGGGGCUCACGAAGCUGUUCAGUCUGACUGUGUCCGCCACAGUCUCCGAUAUAUUUUCGAGUCGCGUGUUCAACUGUCACUAGUUGAAAACAACUCCUAGUGCUUACUACCGAUCAUCAUAGUGAUUUUAUCUAUCUUGGCUUAGGUUCUUCUAUUUCUGGAUCGAAUUAUAUGUCCCAAACAUGAUAAUUCGUUGGGGAAUCAUUUUUGGAUUAAUUCUGGUAUCAAUUUCAAUCGCCAUAGCUAAGAGAGACGAAGUAUCAGAAAACAGUUCGAAGUGCCCAAUAUUAACGGAAUGCCCUUUUCGAGCGGAGCCUUGCAGCGAGGAUGGUGACUGCUCUUUGGACUCGGUUUGUUGCAAAGCCCCAUGUGGAAAAGUUUGCACAAAACAACUGUUUACAGGAUGCCAGACGCUGAGAAUGGCAGCUUCGAGAAGAGCCAAAGCUCUGGGCGUGGACGCCAAAAAUGUUCGCAUGCCAAGAUGCAAUAAGAUGGGUGGUUUCGAACCCGUCCAAUGUGACAACGAAAUCAUAAGCUCCUGCUGGUGCGUGGACGAAGCAGGUUUUGAAUUGGCAGGGACUCGAGCACCUGCCGCAGCUUUAGUGAACUGCACAGCGCCCAAGCCUUGUGCCGAUCACACGUGCAGGAUGUUCUGUCCUCACGGAUUCGCCCUCACCGACGACGGAUGUCCUCUGUGUCGAUGUAGGGACCCUUGCGACGACGUGAAAUGUCCCAACGCCCUGGAAUGUCACCUGGAGGAGCUCGCCUGCGCAGAUCCACCCUGUCCUCCUGUACCAACCUGUAAACGUGGUCGAAGCUUAGACAACAUUUGUCCUGUUGGAGACCCACUCCGUAUAAGUGACACUGUUCGUCCCUUUUUGUGCGGCAAUGAUCCAGGAAAACCUCAGUGCCCACCCCUCUACCAAUGUCUGGUUCAGAAAGGAAACGACUACGGCGUCUGCUGCCCGGCCUCCCUGAAGAUCCAAAAAACGGGCACCUGCCCCGUGGAGGCCGAGGGGGGCGCCGAUUGCGGUGCCAUGUGCACUCACGACUUGGAGUGCCCCUCGGUGCAGAAGUGCUGCCGGACGGAGAAGUGCGGCUCAUCGUGCAUUCAUCCCAAGAAUGUGACAGAAUGCUGGCACCAACGCGCCCUCACCGAAAUCCUAGCAGUCAACGAGAGGGUUGGAAGGGGGUACAUCCCCAUGUGUUCGAAUGACGGCCAAUUCGAACCCAAACAGUGCAGUCGGAACGGCCUAGUCUGUUGGUGUGUGGACAGAUUGGGGAGGAAACUGAAGGGUUCCAUGGGACCAGCGGAAAACGUGAACUGUUCUGCGGUAGACGCCCGCCCUGAAUCCGUCGGCCGAAGUCUGAACAAACACGGCGAAGAAUGUGAACAAAUGGAAUGCGCGCAAAUUUGCGAAUACGGGUUUAAACUGGACGAUGAUGGAUGUCACACGUGCAAAUGUGACGAUCCGUGCGAUGGGUACAUGUGUCCCGAGGAUGAAGAGUGUGUUAACGUCAAGGAGUCGUCGUGCACUGACUUCUUGUGCCCGUCUUUGCCAGUGUGUCGACCAAAGGCCGUUUACGCCAACCCCUGCGAUACCGGCACGCCCUUAACUGACGAUCUCAGUGGAGCCCCGGUGGCUUGUGCUCUUCGCUCUGAAGAUGGUACCGUCUGUCCGGCAGCCUACGAAUGUACCGCCGUAGCCGGUUCCACGCAGGCCGUUUGUUGUCCUAGCUCUGAGGAAGAAAUGACGGCUGAGUCGUCUGAGGACUACAGUCAAACCGAAAUGAGGCCACAAUCUAUGUGCGAAUACCUCCACGAAUUUUCCGAGAACAUGGAAGGCACAAGGGACGGCAUGACCCUUGCCCUUCCAAUGCCGAACUGCGACUCCGAAGGGAACUACCUCGCGACUCAGUGUUCCGACGACGAGUGCUGGUGCGUGGAUAACUUUGGAACAGAGAUUCCAAGAACAAGGAGUGCUGGCAAUGCCACCAAAGACUGCGAGGAACUGAGAGAAACCAUGGGCUGCUUGGACAUCACUUGCAGGAUGGGAUGCGAAUACGGCUUUAUCCUUUCUGAAGACACGGGCUGUCCCUUGUGCCAAUGCAGAGAUCCUUGCUCAGGUGUGAACUGCAUGGAGGACGAACAGUGCCAGCUAGUCGAAGUUAGUUGCAAGGAUCAUUAUUGUCCACCAGUGCCAUCUUGUUUACCAAAGAAAGUCGGACAGUGUCCUUACUUAGUACCAGCCACCACGACAUCUUGCGACUUUGAAUGUAAUUCCGAUAUGGCUUGUAAUGGUACCUUAAGGUGUUGCUCUAAUGGUUGUGGAACCCAAUGCAUUGAACCAUUACUUCUAACCGGUUGCCAGCAUCAAAGGACGCUGGCUCAGCAUCAAGCUCACGAAUCCGGCAUACCAGCCGGCAAAGUCUACAUUCCAAAAUGCAAAGACGACGGCAGCUACGACCCCAAACAAUGCAAUCCCGGAACCAGAGAAUGCUGGUGUGUCGACUUCCGCGGCUUCGAAAUCUCCCAAACGCGCACCAACAACACCAAAGACCUGUCUUGCGACCCUCCACCAAAAUCAAACGAAUGCUCCUUGGCCAAAUGUGCCAAAGACUGCGAACACGGUUUCCAACUCAGCGAGAAUGGUUGUCGCACGUGCACCUGUCUCGAUCCCUGCUCCCAAAUAUCCUGUCGAGGCGAAGGAGAAACGUGUCGGUUGGUGUCUGUCGAAUGCGUGGAUUGGCCUUGUCCAUCCGUGCCGAUGUGUUUGCCUAAGAAAGAGAACCCUUGCCAAAACGGAGAGCCUCUCAAACUAGGAAGUAGCGACGAACUGGUGACUUGCGGUCCGGAAUUCGAAAGUUGCCCAUCGUCCCAUAAGUGUCAACUUAGUCCUGUGGGGGAGUAUGCGGUGUGCUGCCCCAAACCACGUGAUGUUUGUUUUGAACCUCUCGAUAAAGGACGUUGUGUAGGAGAUGAAAUUUCGAGAAAUCUUACAAGAUAUUACUUCAAUUCUCGAACUAAUAAAUGUGAACCGUUCAUCUUCAAAGGAUGUCAGGGAAAUCAUAAUAAUUUCCACACUGAAAGCAUGUGCAACACUGUAUGUCCAGUUCUAAGCCAGUGCGAACGACUUCGAGAGAAGAACCAGAGAGCUGCCGAGCGAUACAAGAAGCCAACCUUCACACCCCGCUGCGAACCAACCACAGGAGCCUGGCAGGCUGUGCAAUGUCUCGAACACGUUGGUGUUUGCUGGUGUGUAAGCCCCCAGGGGGAACCACUCAAGGGCACGCUUACCAGAGGUGCCGAACCGCAAUGCAAUUUUAGACAGGCGAGGAACAGAGCCAGCGACAGGUCGGACACCAUAAGCGACGCAGAUUUGGUUUUAGAAGAACUGAUGAUGCAAAUUGGAACUCUCGACGAUGAAGAGGAACCUAAAGAUCUGAACGCUAAAGAUGGUACCCUGAUGGAUUGGGAAAUAUCUCCUGCAAGUAGAUGCGAAGCGUUGGGAGGCCAUUGUGAUGCCGAGGGGAAAUUUUUGCCGAUUCAGUGUGAAGAGGAGACUUGCUGGUGUGUGGAUGAGGCUGGAAACCAGUUGCCAAAUACAAAUACGUUUAUGAGAGGGGAACAAAUAUGCUCUACAACUCCUGUUGAGAAAGCGGAAGUAACCCUUGGCUUUCGUGGAGAAUUUGACGACAUCAACGCUCAACCAGUGGUGAAUCAGAUUACAAAAAUAAUCAAGAACUUGAAUGGUAACAUAAACAGCGAUGGUCUCAAGACUGAGAUUAUGCCGAGUGCUUUGUAUAUCCGCUUUUCACUAAUUGGAAGCAACAAAGUGGAUGUUGCUUAUAAACUGGAGCAAAUGGUUAUGCAACAGCGACUGCCAGGCCUUACAGCUGACAUUACCCGCUCCAGGGUAAUUCAUAAGUUAUUUUCGCAAGAUCCGAUGCAGGUGGACAAAAUCAUAGCUUUGGAACAGAGGGAAAUCGUUUCACAAUCUCCCGUCUCAGUAGUAGCCCCAUACCACACAGCUUUGAUCGUCAUCGCAGCAGCCUCGACUUUUGUUAUUUGUAUCCUCACGCUGUUGGUCAUUUUGUACAGAAGAAAGAUGAACAACGUCAAUGCUCAAAAAGUUGUUGAGCAGGAUAACCGAUUCAUAUCUGCCAACAAUCGACCGAUUUAUAUCGAAUUGCCAAACGAAAAGUACAGCUCUUUAUCGCCAGAUUUGAACGCAAGAAAGACAUAAGCGUGUGUGUAUGUACAGUUUUAGUUGUGUAAAAUAAUAAAUUAGUUUAACUAACGCUAUUUUUUUAUUUAUAGAAUUUAUGCCACUUGGAUAAAACAAUAUGUUUGUGAUUUUUUUAUGUAUUUUAUAAUAAGACUUUAGGUUAUAUAUUUGUGUAGGUUUUAUUCAUCUGGCAUCUGAAUAAGUUAU